CGCGCGCGACCGGCGAUGGGCGCCGCGGGCCCCGCGUGCGCGGCGCGCGAGCCGCUGUCGCGGGAGCCGCCCGCGCGCUCCGUGCUGCGGCACGUGCGGCUGGAGAACCUGGCGGCGGGAGUGAGCGGCGGCGUCCUGUCCACCCUGGCGCUGCACCCGCUGGACCUCGUCAAGAUCCGCUUCGCAGUAAGCGAUGGAUUGGAGCUGAGGCCAAAGUACAGUGGGAUUCUCCACUGUAUGACCACCGUCUGGAAGCAUGAAGGACUUCGAGGAUUGUAUCAAGGGGUAACUCCAAACAUGGUGGGAGCAGGGGCUUCCUGGGGACUUUACUUUUUCUUUUACAAUGCCAUCAAGGCUUACAAGAAGGAAGGGAAGAUGGAAAGUCUCAGUGCGAGCGAGCACCUAGUGUCAGCUGCAGAGGCUGGAGCCAUGACUCUCUGCAUUACAAACCCAGUAUGGGUAACCAAGACCCGACUUGUGCUACAAUAUAACGCUGGCGUGGAUCCCUCCAAGCGGCAGUACACAGGAAUGUUGGAUGCUCUUAUAAAGAUAUACAAGACAGAGGGCAUACGUGGCUUAUAUAAGGGAUUUGUGCCUGGUCUGUUCGGAACAUCUCAUGGAGCACUUCAGUUCAUGGCCUACGAGGAUUUGAAAGAGAGAUACAACAAGUAUAGAAACAGAGUAUCAGAUACAAAAUUGAACACUGUGGAAUACAUAAUGAUGGCAGCUGUAUCCAAAAUAUUUGCUGUGGUAGCAACAUAUCCCUAUCAAGUUGUGCGAGCUCGUCUUCAAGACCAGCAUAACACAUAUUCUGGGGUGUUUGAUGUGAUCCGCAGGACGUGGAGGAAAGAAGGUGUUCAUGGAUUUUACAAAGGAAUUAUACCUAAUGUAAUCAGAGUGACUCCUGCCUGCUGUAUUACCUUUGUAGUUUAUGAAAAUGUGUCUGGCUUUUUACUUGGUUUUAGAAAAGAAAGUAAUUAAAGGUAUGAACUUGUGUUCCUAGGAAGGAAUCUGUCCUUUAUUUUUUAUAUUUAUGAUCUGGGAGAAAUUUCGUUCAGCAGUCUUCGACACUGUGAAUUGAUCUGGUAUUUUGAGGAAAGAAUGUAGAGACAAUAAACCCUGCCAACAUCUCUCCUGUUGAAUGUUCCUGCAUUGCUACCUUCCUUUCUGAAUCAGCUGUGUCUGCUUGAAGCAGAUGUCUGCAACUGUGAAAUAAUAAUGCUGCAACUGGAUGAAGGCAGCUGCACAGCAAUUCCCUUCAUUCUGGGCUGCCUGGAAUAACCCACUAAGCAGUUUCAGCAAGUCUCAAGAUAGCAAUUGCUGAGAUUCUGCUCCUGCACAAGUGGAAAACUUCAUAUGAAAGCAACCAUGGGGCCUGUCAAAGCUUUCUUAAAUCUCUGAGUCUCAUUAAAACAAGGAAUGUCGUCUGAAUCCA